AUGGCGCAGUUGCCGAGAAGUAUUUCGCUGGUCAACUUGGAAACCGAUAGCAUUGGUGGCUGUUCCAACACGACAUACGCAACCUCCGAGAUGCGUCUCAAGAACAACGUCAGGAAUCUUUAUGAGCGCAUGCAGCAGGCUUUGCGUCAUGGCAGGCGGAAGCAGAGGCGCGGAUUGGAAAUUUCUUCUCCGUUUGGUCUCAAGAAAGAACCUGUUCUUCUUCCUGGCAUCUCUCAAGAAGAACUGAGCAUACUGCGAGAGAAGGCCGCCGCUAGUCAAAUCGGUGUCGCCGAGGACUCCAUGUACCCCGACCCAACCUCCAGCCUGCCUCGGUCAAUCCGUUCUCGCUCCCCUUACCGAAGCCCCUCGCCUUUCUCUAUUGCCUCUGCCAAAGAGCAGCAGGCCAACUGA